AUGGCGGACGAGUCUUACAAGGAAUGCAAGCGGUGCCACAAAGAGAUGUCUUGCAUUGACGAUCAUGAAGAAAGUUAUCGGCAUCGUUCAUGCUCUGAUGCUAGUCCUUGUAGGAUAUGUAAAGGUUGGUCAAAAGACAAACGAACUGCGGUCACGCGCAUGAUAGAAAAGCAUAAACAAAAGAGCAAGAAAUCUGCCACAGUUUCCAAAGCCCCCGAGGAAAGAAAGACAGUGACACAGUCGAAGACGGCGUCACAGUCUGAGGCUUCUAGAAGUAAGAAAGUCGCUCUGCCGGGGGAUAGCUCUCAGAAGAAUAUUUCACGUCAUCAAGCAGCUGAGCCUGCUGUGGAAAUUCGGGAUGUUCUGUCCUCAGAACAAAUUCCUAUGGCAAGCAAGGAACCUGUUAUGGUCAGUCAUUCCUAUGACUUAUUGGACCACUGUUCGGCCGUUCCGUCCUCGGAACACGAGAGCCCUCACUCUAGGCCAGGUCAUUUCUAUGACCAAUCAAGCCAGAAUAUUGCAACUCCUGUUGAAUUUUCCCUCCAUUUAAUAUGGAUCACACAGCAGUGGCAUCACAAGGAUAGAGUUUCGGAUUCUUCCGAAGAGUCUGAGAAUGAAAGAGAUGUUGUUCGCAUUACAGAGUCAUCAAAUGAGUUUGAUGAUGUAGAAAAUCGCUCCGAGACUGGUCAAUCAACUUAUUCUGCUCCAUGUACCUCGAAAGUUGACUGGAAAUGCUUUGUAUCUCGAGUGGCAACAGAUUUAAACAUUCCUAUAAAGGAAAAAGCAGGAGAGACAGAGUACAAGUCUUAUGUUGCCGAGCAUCUGUUAAUGCCUAGGGAGGCUAAACAAGGUGGUCUGCCUUUGGAAGGCUCAAUUGUACACAUAUUAGAAGAGGUUGAUAAGGAAUGGCAGGACAAGGGAAAGAUUAGAUGUUUUCGGUCACAUGACGACCAAAAAUAUGUUGUGGAGGAGGAUCACUUUAAAAAGUUUUUUACUUCCCCACAGUUAGAUGAGAACAUUGAAGAAGGCAUCAUGAGUUCUGCUGAGUCAAGAAGCCAAAAGAGUGCUAUGCCUUACAAGUUUAACAACAAGACAUUUGAGUCUACAAACAAUGAGAUAAGAAGAUUAGAUAUGAGUUCUAGACUCUUGCUUAGACAGAUGUCUUAUGGCUCAUUGAUUACUACAUACUUGGACAAAGCAGUGUCUGAUGAAGACAGGCAAGAGGCUGUUCAGGCUCUAUCACAGCUAUUCCAGUCAAUGGCAGAUGUGACUGCCAGAGUGAUGUUAAACUCUGUUACUAUGAGAAGAGGUCUUUAUCUUAAAGACAUGGCUUUCAAGAAUAAAGCAACUGAGAAUAAAUUACUGUGUCAGUCUGCAAUUGGCCCAAAACUGUUUGGGGGAAAGUUUUUUGAAGUGUUGCAUAGCAGUGCAGAAAAUCUUAGGGAUGCCAAGGAAACUCAACAUCUCAGAGAUUUAAAGCAUAAGGACUUGAAGAGGAAGCCUGAUGACUCUAGAUCGACAAAGACCUCUGAUAAGUCAGGAUAA